UGCAUCGAGGGCGUCAUCCUGCCGAUAUGGCAACCAACAAACCCACCUUUCACUGACCGCAUCGCCAGAGCCACCAUCUACUUUGUGGGCCUAUUCUACAUGUUCCUUGGUGUCUCCAUCAUCGCCGACCGCUUCAUGGCAUCUAUCGAAGUCAUCACCUCCCAGGAGAAGCAGAUCACAAUUAAAAAGCCAAACGGGGAGAAGAUCACCACAACGGUUCGAAUCUGGAAUGAGACAGUCUCCAACCUGACCCUGAUGGCACUCGGCUCCUCUGCCCCAGAGAUCCUCCUGUCGGUGGUCGAGGUUUGCGGUCACAACUUUGAUGCCGGCGAGCUCGGUCCAAACACCAUUGUUGGCAGCGCUGCCUUUAACAUGUUCGUCAUCAUCGGCCUCUGUGUGUCCGUGAUUCCAGAAGGAGAGACCAGGAAGGUGAAGCAUCUCAGGGUUUUCUUUGUCACCGCAUCCUGGAGCAUCUUCGCCUACACCUGGCUUUACCUGAUCCUGGCCGUUUUCUCUCCAGGUGAGGUGGAGAUAUGGGAGGGGCUUCUGACGCUCUUCUUCUUUCCACUUUGUGUUGGAUUUGCUUACAUAGCAGACCGCAGACUGCUCUUCUACAAAUAUGUGUACAAACGAUACCGAGCAGGGAAACAAAAAGGUAUGAUCAUUGAAACUGAGGGAGAACCAGAGAUGCCAUCAAAGGUUGAUGUUGAAAUGGAUGGAAAAAUGCUAAAAGCAAAUGGCGAAGAGUUCAUCGAUGGAGAGUUGGGCUUUGAUGUUAAGGAGUUGGAUGAGGAAGAAGCCCGCAGAGAAGUGGCUGCCAUCCUGAAGGAACUCAAACAAAAACACCCGGAGAAGGAGAUGGAACAGCUGAUGGAGCUUGCCAACUACCAAGUUUUAAACCAGCAACAAAAGAGUCGGGCUUUUUACCGCUGCCAGGCCACCAGGAUCAUGACCGGGGCUGGAAAUAUCUUGAAGAAGCACGCCGCCGACCAGGCCAAGAGGGCUGUCCAGCACAAUAUCUGCACCGAGGUUUCUGCCAACAACUUUGCCUCCAAGAUCUUCUUUGACCCGGGUACCUACCAGUGUCUGGAGAACUGUGGCAGUGUAGCCCUGAACGUGGUGCGACAAGGUGGGGACCUCACCAGCAUGGUGUCUGUGGAUUACCGGACUGAAGACGGCACAGCAAAUGCUGGCUCAGACUACUGCUUCACUGAAGGAACUGUGGUUUUCAAACCAGGUGAGACUGAAAAGGAAAUCCGCAUUAACAUCAUUGAUGAUGACAUCUUUGAGGAGGAUGAACACUUCUUGGUUCACCUCAGCAACGUGAAGGUCCUGUCAGACUCUCAGAUAAAACACGUGGAUGCCCCUGCUGGCUUAGGUCUGCCAUGCACGGCCACUGUCACCAUUUUUGAUGACGACCACGCAGGGAUCUUCACAUUUGAGGAGCCGGUGGUGACAGUGAGCGAGAGCAUUGGGAUGAUGGAAGUGAAAGUGAUCCGGACCUCCGGAGCCCGCGGAGUCGUGGUGGUGCCGUAUAAAACCAUGGAAGGGACAGCGAAAGGAGGUGGUGAGGAUUUUGAGGACACACAUGGAGUCCUCGAAUUCGACAACGAUGAAAUCUGCAAAACUAUUCAGAUCAAUAUAAUCGAUGACGAAGAAUACGAGAAAAACAAGAAUUUCUUCCUGGAGAUUGGAGAGCCUCAGCUUCUGGAGAUGAGUGAGAGGAAAGCUGUGUUGCUGCAGGAAGCUGGUGGAUUCGUUAAAACAGAUAAACACCUGUUUGGUAAAGAUGUGUACAGGAAGGUUCAAGGACGAGAGCAUCCCGCCCCUUCAGCCGUCAUCACCAUCACAGAGGACGGAGGUGAGGAGUGUUUGACAAAAAAGGAAGAGGAGGAGCGUCGGAUCGCGGAGAUGGGCAGACCGACGCUGGGUGAACACGUCAAACUGGAGGUCAUCAUCGAGGAGUCGUACGAGUUUAAGAGCACUGUGGACAAACUGAUUAAGAAGACCAACCUGGCUCUGUUGAUCGGGACCAACAGCUGGAGGGAGCAGUUUGUGGAGGCCAUCACAGUGAACUCUGGUGAUGAUGAUGAUGAUGAUGAGAAUGGUGAGGAGAAGCUGCCGUCUUGUUUCGACUACGUCAUGCACUUCCUCACCAUCUUCUGGAAGCUCCUGUUCGCCUUCGUUCCUCCGACAGACUACUGGAAUGGCUGGGCCUGCUUCUUUGUUUCCAUCUCCGUCAUUGGCCUCCUCACCGCCAUCAUCGGAGACCUGGCCUCACACUUCGGCUGCACCGUUGGCCUCAAAGACUCCGUCACCGCGGUGGUGUUUGUAGCUCUGGGAACAUCUGUACCAGACACUUUUGCCAGUAAGGUGGCCGCCAUCCAAGACCAGUAUGCUGAUGCUUCCAUUGGAAAUGUGACUGGAAGUAAUGCCGUCAAUGUGUUCCUGGGAAUUGGCGUGGCCUGGUCCAUCGCUGCUAUUUUUCACAAAUCCAAAGGUCAGCCGUUUAAGGUCAACCCCGGCACACUGGCCUUCUCCGUCACACUCUUCACCAUCUUUGCCUUCAUCUGCAUCGGUGUCCUCAUCUACCGUCGCCGGCCAGAGAUUGGUGGUGAGCUCGGUGGACCGCGAGUGCCCAAGAUCCUGACAACCUGCCUGUUCUUCAGCUUGUGGCUCAUGUACAUCGUGUUCUCCUCACUGGAGGCCUACUGCCACAUAAAGGGCUUCUGAGCGGUUGGUGCCGGGUCAACCAGGUUUUCCUAAACAUCUGAAGGAUUUACAGUUUCUGACGCCAGUUCUACAGGCUCCUGUUGACUGGAAAAGGGUUUGACUCUCCUUGAGUUCUGACUGAAAGUACAGAGACAGGUUCUAAUCAGUUCCUAAUGGAUCUGAAGAUUGUGAUGUUCAUGUAACAUUAGUGGGUGGUAGAUGUUUUGUAGAUCAUUAAACACUUUCAUGGGUACAGACUGUGUGCUUCUUUAGGCUUAAGAAAGGUCUUUGGCAGGUGUUAAAUGUCCCAUAUGCUCCUAGAGGAUUCAGCAGGGUCUUCACAAUCCUGGUGAAUUUUUAAAGGUUCUUGUGGAACCCUAGAGUCCUGAAACCUCUUGUGCAGUGUCCAUAUUGGACUGCUGACCUUUGAAACACUAGAUCUUCCUCAUUGUUCACUACAAACGGCCCCAGGAGUAGGCGAGUGUUGCACCGAAAUGAGUAUCUGCACUGAGUUUGACCUAUAGUAAACUUUGAAAUAAAAACAAAUGGAGAAAAUAAAACAUGUUUGGUGUUUAAGCUGUGAUAUGAAAUAAUGCACUUCAAAACAUUAAAAAAAAGAGAGCGUGAGAGAAAGACGUGUAAAGAAACAACAGUCCUGAUGUUAUAUCAAAGAUAUAUCACCUUAUAGAUUCAUCCACAGCAGUUCACAUGGAAACCAGAGCCCCUCUGGAUCCAAAAUGCCGAACCAC